CCCAUCUUCUUCCUCCUCCACCGGGUCAUCUUCACCCGAUUUUGAACAUCGGUCGGUUCCCAACACCACCGCCCCUGAACCGUAGCCGGUUAACCAAAUGCCCGGUCAGGUUUUUCAGGAGAGGGAUGAACCGGUUGACGAUGAGCCGGCUCCCUAUGACCCUGAUAACGAGUCAUAUGAGGAAUGGGUGAACCGGCUGGAAGCAGCCGGUUACUUUCCCCUCCCUACUAGCUACCCCUCAGACAUUUUCCCCCAUGUUUCCAAGAUUGCCCAAAACAAGGUUCGUAGGAAUCUCCCGGAGGGGUAUGUCCUUGAAUUCGACCCCAGCUGGCCGAACAUUAUCGAGCCUCACCGGGAUGAUAGAAUAGGCUUCCACAUUACUUCUUUGGAGAGUGGCACCGUAUUCCCCCUCCGUCCUCUCCUUGUCGAGUUGUGCCAUUGUUUUAAGAUCCUUCCCGGGCAAAUUACGCCCAAUGCCCACCGUUUCCUCAACGCCUUUGUAAAUAUCUGUGUUGAACUUAAGGUCGACCCUUCCCUUCGCCUAUUUCUCUUCUUGUUUGAAGUCCUUCCCGAGAUGAAUUUCAAAGCGUUCAACAUCCCGACGAAAAAGACCGGUGGCUCUUCCUCUGCUGCCCCCAAAACUGUACCGGUCCAACAGGAACCGGUAGAGAUCCAUUCUGAGGAGGAAACUCCUCCGACCGGGAGGACCGGUCAGGCCGGGAAGACCACGGUAAACCCUCCCCUAGACAAGGGGAAGGGGAAGGACCUGAUAGCCCGGCAGCUUGAUGAGUUGGCCAAUCUUUCUGCGAUUGCCGGGGGGGCCAAGGCAGAGACCCUCCAGCUGAAGGAAGAGAACUUGAAGCUGAUGGAGGACUUGGAGCUGAAGGAGCGAGAGUUCCCCGGCAGGGCCAAGCAAUGGGUGGGGGAGAACUUGGAGGAGACGGCCCAGGUGAUCACAUCUACUCCGGAGGUGACGAUGGAGGCCUUUAAGUUCAUCUACCAGGAACCCAACGGGAAGGAAAUGGUCACCCAGGUUGGGUCCUACGGUUUCAUGUCCGGGCAGAAACGAGACCGUGAGGCUACCUAUGCAAUCUUGGCUGAGCGGGACCCGGCCUUCUCUACCGAUGCUUAUGGCCUGGCCCCCAUCCCUGAUGAAGAACCCGAGCCCCCUUUCCCCCUGGAAUGAACUCCCCGGCUGCGCCCGGUUAUUUUUGUACAACUUUCAGACUUGAAAUUUCCCCAG